AUGGAGAUCACUAGGAGAUAUAAAUUGAGACGUAAUUCCCAUAUUGGCUGUAUGCAGGACACCAUUGUAAUUGACAUCAAUAACUCUAAUUUGGUUUUGAUGAUCGAACAAAGUGUAAACAAUGGCAGUCUAGAUUCAGAUACUAAAAAUAAAGAGAUAAGGGAAAUGAUUCAGAAUGAGCUAAUGAUUGUAUUAGAUAUCUUAGCCAAGGAAAUCAUUACAGAACGUAACGUUAACAUUAAUAUAAGCUUAUUCAAGAAGGGUGUUCCACUGUGGUAUUGGAAUAGUAUUCUAAAUAAGGUGCUCUCUGAAAAUUUUAUAUCCUUGUUUGACCAUUGUAAUUUUAUUAUAACAUUACAAUCAAAUGCAGAUAGACAAUAUUAUCAGGAUAAUAGUUCAAUGCUAAAUAAGUUCCAAGCGGCUAUCACUAAUGAAGAGGUACCACAGGAAGAAGACGAGGAGAACGAAUUGUUAAUAAAACUUGCUUUACUUCAGAUAUGCAAUGAGAAUAAUUUAACUGAUGAAGAUAUUGAACUUGUGAUAACAAAUUACCAUUCUUUAGAAGAAAUAAUAAAUGAUUAUUAA